AUGGCAGCCGCCCUCGACUUGAAUGGCCUGCACGAGGUCCUCAACCUCCCGUUCCCCGCAAACACCAGACAAGCAGCUGGCACGAUCAAUGGUGUUCUGACGGACGUACAAGUGAUUGGUUUCAGCGAUAGAAUUCUAGUUACCAUUUCUCAACAUGGUAGAUUAGCUCACUGGCUGCAUGUGCCUCUUGAGAACCAGAACCCAGGAACAGAAGGGUCUCAUACUUUUACAAACGGAAACGAAGAUGACAGUCUUCUACCUUUGUCUAACUUGACUGCCACGUCUCUUUUGGGUGGGUACGCCCAUGGACAUGAGAUUACCAACCAACUACUCGCGCGUCAGAUUGCCAGUGCCAUUGCGACCAAGACUCCCAACGAGAAGAGGGUUCUCGUUGUGGGACUAGGCCUUGAUAGAUCCCAAACUGAUAGGGAUACAUUUUUUGCUCUUGUGGAACUUGUCCUGCAAUGUAUCUGA